AUGCCCAUGAAAAGCACCCUCCCCAACCAGUCCCUCGUUCUCGUCGCACAACCCUACUACUGGUGGCAAUCCGGCAUCGUCAACAACGCCUUCUUCACCUACGGCUUCGUCACCGGCGACAAACAAUUCGAGGACCUCUCCAAAAACACACUGUAUAACCAAGCCACCGCCGCUAACGACUUCAUGAUGCCGGACGCUACGGGGAAUGAUGAUCAGGCUUGGUGGGCGCUGUCUGCGCUCACGGCGGCCGAAAAUGGAGUUGCAGUGCCUGCAGGCAGUCCAACGUUCUUGAGUAUGGCGCAGAACGUGUUCAACGAGCAGAAGGGGAGGUGGGACGAGAGUACGUGUGGCGGUGGCAUGAAGUUUAAGAUCAACGCCGCAGACGCGGGGUACGACUACAAGUCCAGCAUCGCAAACGGGCUGUUUUUCCAGCUUGCUGCUCGGCUUGCGAAGAUCACUGGGGACGCAGACACCUUGUCCUGGGCGGAGAAAAGCUAUGAUUGGAUGACUUCGACGGGCUUGAUUGACGGCGACUUUAAUGUGUACGAUGGGACGGACGAUGCGACUGAGUGCGUGGAUCUAAACCAUAACCAGUGGAGUUAUAAUGCGGGGGCUUUCCUUUACGGCGCUGCGGUUAUGGCGAGCCACACGGCGGAUGCGAAGUGGGUUGAGAGGACGAGGGGGUUCCUUGAUGCUGCGCAGAGGAAUUUUGUGAAGGAUGGUGCGCUGUACGAGCCCAUCUGCGAGGGCAACGGAAGCUGCAACAACGAUCAGGUCAGCUUCAAGGGGAUACUUGCAAGAUGGCUCGGCGCUACGGCUGUGGUUUUGCCGGAGUUGAAGGAUACGAUUGCAUCUCUGUUGAACGGUGUAUCAGCAAAUGUGCAGAGUACUUGGACUCCGUCGUUGGGUCCGAUGCGGCAUUUUGUUGCGUUGGAGAGCGUGGAUGCGGCUGUUAGGGCGAAUGGCGGUGUGGCGGCUGUGUAUGGAAUGAUUGGGGGAAGCAAGAAUGUGGUGAAGAGGGCGGCGGUGAGGAGAAGUAUUGCUGGAAGAAUUUCGUGGUAA